GAGACAUGAGAUUUUCCUUGCACAGGUGAUACCUGUUGUCUAUAUCUAAUAUGAUUCUUUUUUUAUUCUUUACUAGAACUUCAAUCUUUAAUCAUCCAUUGUUCCUAAAUUAUACCAGUAUUAUCUUUCACUCUGACAGGAACAUAAUGCUUCUGUACUCUCAUUUUCACCCUUGUGAACUGGGUAACUGGAGGGAAUCUAUUCCCACUCACCAGAUGACACUGAUUUUUAUACUAAUUUGCAAAGGAGCAAAUGUGGUAUGUGAGAAAUAUUUUUUACACAGCAAGUGCUUAAUGCAUUCCAAAUGCUAUGUGGAAGUGUAACACAGGCAGGAUCAUUCAAGUGAUUUAAGAUGACAUUAGAUAAUCAUUUGAAUAGGAAAAAUGUUUACAUUACUGGAGGAAAAGUCAGAAGAAUGGCAUUGAGUCACAAUGCUUAUUCAGACACCUCGUGCAGAUGUGAACGGUCAAAGGCCUUCUGCAUCAUAACAACAGUUCUGUGAUUUGUCCAUGGUAUAAAGAAUUGCCAGUGUUUGUUGAUGAAUGGGAUGCCAAUCAAGUGGGGUGUUUUGUCAUGUGUGCUGUUUUUAGAGCUGCAUUCAUCCAGUGAGCUGGAGUGUGUUCUAUCAGCAUGCCUAACUUGUGCCUUCGGUCAGCAACUCCCUGCAGAAAUCCCAACAAAUAAUUUGACCUGGGCAAAAAUAUUUUUGCCAGUGAUGUUCCAGAUUAAUAUUGUACCUUUUUAAUGUAAGCAACAACUGCCACGUAGAAAGGCAAUGUUGAACUUGAUAUGGCAGAAGAUUGCUUUUUACUGGGAAGUUAUGAAAAAUUGGCCUCAUUCAAUUUUCAUUCGCUAAAAGGGGUAACUUAAAUUGAGAUUUAGUACAUUAGAUCAUUGUGGCCCUUUUGUGAACCUCAACACUUAAAUUGCAGUCUGGCCUUGCAUACCAAAAAUAGUUAGUGCGCGAGCCAGGAUAUCACCAUCUUUGUUGCCAACCAAAACAACCGUGCAUUUUCUAUUGGUUGCUUUCUCCUUCUUUCCCUUCCCCGGCCAUUGUUGUUUUUCGAGCAGACUUUUCGAAACUGAAAGUGUACCAUGAAGGUUAGAUGACUGAAGAAACUGAUGGUGACGUACCAAGGAGCACACCACACGCCCAAUAAUUUUAAACUCCAACGGCCACCACGGCAGCGCGUGCGGGCUCCGUCAUCGUAGUGACGUCCCAUGAGCGACUGUGCGGCCGGUACCUGAUUGGCUCGGGUACUGAAAGGGAACGAGCUGAGGGUGCUGAUUGGCCAGGCGCUGUACUGCGAGGCAGCCGCAUGUGAUUGGGUGUGGGUGUCACUGAGACAGGCGUCGAGAGUGGGACUAGGAGAAAAAACGACGCCGGAAGGUUGACUUGAGGGAAAAUGGCUGAAUCCCAGUAUUGGUCACGAAGAAUACAAGAAAACCACCACCACGCGGUUUUUAACGACGGAUUUCUUUAUGUGUGGGGUGGCUACGUGACAUAUGAAAAUAACGAAGUUUACUUACCAAAUGAUGAAAUCUGGGUUUAUGAAAUAGAAAGUGGUGUAUGGCAGAGGAAACCAAUGAAAGGAGAACUUCCUCGUCCUAUGUCAGGAAGCUGUGCAGCUUGUCUGAAUGGUAUCAUGUACAUUUUCGGAGGAUAUGAUGACCUAGGAUAUAGUAAUGAACUGUAUUGUGUUAAUUUGCAAGUGAAAGAUGAAAUAUUUACUUGGAAGAAACUCAAUAAUUACCAAGGAAAUCCUCCUACUCCAAGAGACAAACUUUCCUGCUGGGUAUAUAAAGACAAGUUGAUUUUUUUUGGCGGCUAUGGAUGCAAGAAAAUCAGUGAAUUAAAUGAUUCAUUUGACGUGAAUGAAGCAUCCUGGGAAGAAGAGAUGUUCUGGGGGUGGAAUUAUGACAUCCAUGUCUUUGACCCCAACUUAAACAUCUGGUACCAGCCAACAACUAGAGGAAUGCCUCCUCGCCCUCGAGCAGCACAUGCAUGUGCCACAUUGGGAAAUAAAGGAUUUUUAUUUGGAGGAAGAAUACUGGAAACGAGAAUUAAUGAUUUGCACUGCUUGAACUUAGAUACAUGGACUUGGUCAGGAGAAAUUACCAUUAAAGGAGUACGUCCACAGGGUCGUUCAUGGCACACUCUGACUCCUGUGACAGAUGAUCAGCUUUUCCUUUUUGGAGGAUUAAGUGCAGAAAGUCAACCUCUUAGUGAUGCAUGGAUUUACAAUGUUGGAGCUGCAGAAUGGAGGCAAUUAGAACACUGCCCUAGAAAUAGACCAAGGUUGUGGCAUACAGCCUGCCUAGGAAAGGAGCAUGAAGUGAUGGUGUUUGGUGGGAGCAAGGAUGAUUUACUUUCCUAUGAUUCUGGUCACUGUAAUGAUGUGCUUAUCUUUCAAACACAACCCUAUUCACUUUUCAGGUUGUGCUUAGACUGCAUUGCAAAAAAUUCCACAGUUUUGCAAAAUCAACUUCCAUGGUUACCUCAUCAAUUGUUUUCUCAAGUGCAAAAGAAAAUCACUUUCUGGGUUUCAGCUGGACACCAAGAGAAAUAAUAAUGUAUUUUAAACUGCAAGUUUAAUUCAAGAAGGUUUGCGUACAUAACAUUUAAUGAUGUAUUUCACAAUAUACAUCAUUGCAAUGAGCAAAUGUAAUAUUUGAGAUGUACAAACCCAAAUUGGGUUGAUUAUAAACGUGAUUGUUGUUCUGUUGUACAAUAUUUUAUUCAGUUUUGUAGACUAAUUAACAUAGCUACUAUGUUAAUACAUUUUAUAUCAUUCUGGAACUAGAUUUGGAAAUAAAUUGUUUCAUGU